UAGUUUUUUUCUCAUGCUACUACAAAACACCUACGCCUUUAGAACAUAAAUUGGAACUCCUAGAUUCUGCACCGACAAAUAAAUAUCACAUUCACCACUCCUUUCUUUCAUUCAUUUCAUUCUUUUUCUUUAAUUCUAAAGGAAUCAAUGCAAAUACAGUACCCCCUCUACCUCCUCUCUAUACCCUCAGUUUUCAUGUAAUCCCACAAAGUUAAAUUUCCUACACCUCUUCAUGGGAAAGAAGAGCGGUACCUCAUGGUUCACAAUAGUGAAAAGAGCAUUUAGGUCUCCAACUAAAGAGAAUGAGAAAAAGAGUAGCAGAAGAAGAGAAGAACACGACCAACAAGAGGAAGAAAAGAUGAGAGAGAAACGAAGAUGGCUUUUCAGAAAGCUCAAUGGCAAUCACGUUCAACAAUGUGAAGCAAACACCACGGUAAGUCCUAUAUCGGAUGGUGAGCAGAGGCGUGCAAUUAGAGGGGCAGCAGCCGCAGCAGCAACAGCCCAAGCAGCAGUGCAGAUGAAUAGGCUCACUAGGCCUUCCAGUUUCGUUAGAGAACAGUGGGCUGCUGUGGUCAUUCAAACAGCUUUUAGAGGCUACCUAGCAAGGAGAGCUCUAGGAGCACUUAAAGGGCUAGUUAAGCUUCAAGCUUUAGUGAGAGGACAUAAUGUUAGAAAGCAAGCAAAAUUAACACUAAAGUGCAUGCAAGCUUUGGUUCGAGUUCAAGAUCGUGUCUGCGACCAACGUGCAAGACUUUCACAUGAAGGGAGCAGAAAGUCCAUGUUUGUUGAAACCAAUGGCCUAUGGGAAUCUAGAUAUCUCCAAGACAUCCGCAAGAGGAGGUCUACCUCAAGAGAUUUAACCUCCAUUCAAGAUGAUUGUGAUGACCACCUACAUACAAGUGAGGAGAUUGAGGUCAUGCUGCAAAGUAAAAAGGAAGCUGCUUUGAAACGCCAAAAAGCUCUUGCUUACGCUUUCUCUAGCAAGAUAUGGACUUCUCGAAGAAGCCCGUCAGCAGGGGACGAGAAGGAGCUAGAAGAAGGAACAAGAUGGUUUGACCGCUCGAUGGCUACGAAGCAAAUGGAGAGCAGUAGCAGAAUAUCAGCUGAUAGAAGGGAAGAUAUAAAAACUGUAGAAAUUGACCCUUCUAGGCCUUGCUCUUAUUCUACUCCAACUGCUGCUCGAAGAUCACAAUCUCAAAAUCACCAACAAAAACAGACUUCCCCUCUUCUUAGAGCACAUCAUAAUAUCCAUUUCCACCAAUCACCCAUCACCCCAUCUCCCUGCAAAACCAAACCCCUUCAAGUCCGUUCUGCAAGCCCUCGAUGUGCAAAAGAGGAAAAAUGCUACUCAGCAGCACUUACACCAAGCCUAGGCUCCAGAUACCGCUAUGGAAUGUGCGCAAGUGGGGUUACUGCCACUGCUGCAAUGCCAAACUAUAUGGCAGCCACUCAAUCUGCAAAGGCUCGGGCAAGGUCCCAGAGCGCACCGAGGCACAGGCCAUCCACGCCUGAUAGAGAACGCGGUGGAACAGCAAAGAAACGCCUGUCAUAUCCAGCUCCUGAGCCUCAUUGUGGCAUUAGAAUUGAUUAUAGUAGCUUUAGCCAGAACCUGAGAAGCCCCAGCUUUAAGAGUGUGCAAGGUGGAUGUUUUGGAAUGGAGCACCGGUCAAACUACUCUACAUGCUACACUGAGAGCAUUGGUGGUGGGGAAAUAUCUCCCUGUUCAACUACUGAUCUAAGGUGGUUAAAGUAGGCAAAUUUUAUUGGAUAUGAAUAUAUUAAACAAACUGGUUAACUAGAAUCAUUAUUGUUUUUAUCUAUGACUAUUUUUAUUUAUUUAUUUAUUUUUGCUUUUUCCUCUAUUGUCAUAACAGUAUGAUGACCCAAAUUCAAUGGGGAAUUACUUGUGCAAUUAACGAUGAAUAAGCUGAAGGGGAGAGCGAAAAAGGGUCUUGCAUUUGUUCUUGCCAUGUCAAAUAGUCCUAAUUAAUACUUUUAGGAUUUUUUUUGUAGUAACUACCUAAGAUUCCAGAUCAAGGCAUGGAGGGAUUUUUUUGGCUAUUGCAUGCUUAU